CAAUCGCCCAAACAGACAAAUCCAAAUCACCACAAACAUGCUCUGUAUCUUUCCUCGAGAGAAAGAGGGGACAAAAUGUUUCUUUGAGAGUACAAGUGGGUACAAUUCCGCUGCCCAAAGUUGAAUCCCAAACCAUUAUUCCAUCUGCUUCAGCUUUUCACAAAUCUUAAAACCCAUAAGCUCUGUUUUUUUUAGGGGUUGCUCGAAAUCGGUAGCUAUGGAGGUUGGAAAGAGGGUAGAAGAGGAAGCAGGGCCGUCUUCGGCCGGGAAAAUUGAUGAGCUCCGGGGGGAGAAGCUGCCGCAGACGGCGAGUGGGAAGCAAAGUGAGGAGUCCGAGGUCGGAGAAGAAGAGGUUGAUGAUAAAGAGGGGUUCACUCCAGGGCCUUUGCUUUCACUUAAAGAACAGAUUGACAAGGAUAAGGAUGAUGAAAGCCUGAGAAGGUGGAAAGAAAAGUUGCUUGGCUGCUUAGAAAAUGAUUUAAGUGAACAAAGGGAACCUGAAGUCAAAUUUCACUCCAUUGGGAUUAUUUCUGAUGAGUUAGGGGAAAUCAACACUCCAUUGCCUGUUGAUGAAAAUCAAGGUGGCCGUGUUCUCUUUACUCUCCGAGAAGGAUCCAGGUAUCAACUUCGGUUGACGUUUACUGUAAUGCAUAACAUCGUCUCAGGCCUGUCCUACUCGAAUAAAGUCUGGAGAGGAGGAUUGCUAGUUGAUCGGACACAAGGAAUGUUGGGUACUUUUGCCCCCCAGCGAGAGCAGUAUGUCGAAACGUUGGAGGAGGAGACCACUCCUUCUGGUGUUCUUGCAAGGGGAAAUUACUCUGCAAAGCUGAAGUUCGAAGACGACGACAAACGGUGUUACAUGGAACUCCCGUAUUCCUUUGAGAUCAAGAAGGGCAGUUAAUUGAGUUUGAGUCUGAGUCGGCACGCAUCUUUCUUGGACCUUUUCUUCUUAUUGUUUUCCUCUAAUGAACUGGUGGUCGUCUUUUUCACCCUUUUACAUAUUUGAACCACAGUUGGAAAUAUGCAAGAUUUUCAUAUUGAAUCUUGAAUGUCUAUGAAUGGAAGUUCUCGUAAAUUGGCACACAA